GGCUGCGAGCUGAGGAUAGGAUUUCUUGGGGGGCGUGGCUUAUGGAUCUUUGCUUUCCCGCCGACGGUUGGCCACGUCACGUGACAUGGGUUGGAAGAUGGCGUCUCCCACAGACGGGACAGAUCUGGAAACAUCUUUGCUAAGUUUUGAAAAACUUGACCGUGCCUCACCAGACCUUUGGCCAGAACAGUUACCAGGUGUCGCUGAAUUUGCAGCUUCCUUUAAAAGUCCUAUUACUAGUUCUCCACCCAAAUGGAUGGCUGAAAUAGAACGUGAUGACAUUGACAUGUUGAAAGAACUGGGGAGCCUCACCACAGCUAAUUUGAUGGAGAAGGUACGAGGCCUACAGAACUUGGCCUAUCAGCUGGGGCUGGAUGAGUUGGACAUUCAGGUUGUUUCCAGUGUUUCACCAAAGGAACUCAUGCUGCAGUGAGCAUCUUUUGCGAGAUCAAAGUGGAAGCGCAUUUAACCUUUUUUUAUGCAUAUGGACAACGUGACCUCCACACUUGUCCAAAUAAUAUUUCUGAGAGUAGUGAAUGAAAGCACUGUAUUCCUCCAACUUAGCCAACACUGGAUAUUGCUAAACUUUUUAAUAUUCGCCCAUUUUAUAGAAAAAUUAUGUUUCAGUAUUUUUUACAUGCAUUUCUUUGAUCUCUAAUAAAGUUGUGUUUAUUGGUCACAUGUUUUCCUCUUUUAUGAAUUUCCUGUUAUCAUACUUAUCUAUGUUUCUGUUGGUGUCAGGUUCCCAUUUUUGAAGAUUUUAUUUAUUUAUUUGACAGAGAUCACAAGUAGGAAGAGAGGCAGGCAGAGAGAGAGGGUGAGGCAGGCUCCCUGCUGAGCAGAGAGCCUGAUGUGUGGGGCCUGGUGGAUUAUGACCUGAGCUGAAGGCAGAGCGUUUAACCCACUGAGCCACCUGGGUGCCCCAGCUUCCCAUUAUUUAAGGGGAGGAAACUGAGGUCUAAAGAAGUGAAGUGACUUUCUCAUGGUCAGCCAGCAAUUUAGGGAGAGAUUCGGUAAUCAUAGCAUGCUGGAGCUGGAGGGGGAUUUUAGACAUCAGUGAGUCCCAGCCCCCUAAUAUUACAGAUGCAGAGACAGGCCUAAAGAUAUUAGGUGGCUUGACUAAGGACAGCUACACAGCUCAGUAAUGACAGAACCAGGAAUCUGAAUCAUGUGUCAUGAAGAAGAGGAGGCAAGUACCAUUUUUGAGCCUGCUGUGUUUCUUACAUGUUUUCUCAUUUAAUUCUCAUUAUUAUUUUAAUAUAGUUGACGCUUGAAUAAUGCAGGGGUUGGGGCGCCGAACCCUCCUGUGCAGGCAAAAUCCUCAUAGAACUUUCGACUCCCCCAAAACUUAAUUACUAAUGACCAAUUUUUGACCUGAAACCUUAACCAAUAACAUAAAGAGUUCAUUAACAGAUAUUUUAUAUGUUAUAUUUAAAUACUGUAGCCUUAACAAUAAAAUAAACAGGGAAAACAAAAUGUUAUUAAGAAAAUCAUAAGGAAGCAAAAAUACAUUUAUAGUACUGUACUGUAUUUGCCAAAAAGAUAUCUACAGUAAAAGUGUAGUUUAAACUCGUGUUGUCCCAGGGUCAGCUGUACUCCCAUUUGAACAGAUGAGGUGACCAAAGUUCUUCUGUUCAGAGAGCUUCAGGGAUUUGUCCAGUCACACACCUAGUUAUCCACAAACCUGGACUGGAAUUCAAGUCUUCUCAUGCUUAAUCCAGGGAUAUCAUUUGCCUCAUAAAGUUAUAACAGUAGACAUCUUUCUUGACUUCACUUAAAUAUUCAUUUGAUAACAUAUGAUUUGCCUCUUGAGAACUUAUAAAACCAUGAGAGACUAUGGACUCUGAAAAACAAUCUGAGGGGUUUGAAGUGGUGGGGGGGGGACCAGGUGGUGGGUAUUGGAGAGGGAACGGAUUGCAUGGAGCACUGGGUGUGGUGCAAAAAUAAUGAAUACUGUUAUGCUGAAAAUAAAUUUAAAAAAAUGUAGUAACAAGAAAAAAAAAAUAAUACUCUGCCUCUAGGGGCGCCUGGGUGGCUCAGAUGUUAAGCAUCUGCCCUUGGCUCAGAUCAUGAUCUCCAGGUCCUGUGACUGAGCCCAGCAUCCAUUCAGCCCAGCAGGAAGUCUGCUUCUCCCUGUCUGCCUCUCUCCCUGUUUUUGUUCUUUCACUGUCUCAAACAAACAAAUAAAUAAAUCUUUAAACAAACAAACAAAAACUCUGCCUCUGUUUAACAGUUCUUAUUUGAUACUGGAUACCAACCAAUCACUUAGGAACUAAUUAAGGAGCUUUUCAUUAUAAGCAAAAACAGAUCAGAGACCUCUGGGUGGCUCAGUUUGUUAAGCAUUGGACUCUGUUUCAAUUCAGGUCAUGAUCUCGGGUUCUUGGAAUCAAGUCCCGCCUCAGCUCUGAGCUCUACAAGGAGUUGGCUGAAGUUUCUUUCUCCCUUACCCUGUGCCCCUCCCCGAGUGCUCACUCUCUCUCUCUCUCAAGUAAAUAAAUAAGUCUUUUUUUUUUUUUUUUAAGAUUUUUUAUUUUAUUUAUUUGACAGAGAGACAUCACAAGUAGGCAGAGAGGCAGGCAGAGAGAGAGAGAGGAGGAAGCAGGCUCCCCGCUGAGCAGAGAGCCCGACGCGGGACUCGAUCCCAGGACCCCAAGAUCAUGACCUGAGCCAAAGGCAGCGGCUUAACCCACUGAGCCACCCAUGCGCCCCAGUAAAUAAAUAAGUCCUAAAAAAAAAAGAAAGGAAAAAGAAA